AUGAAAACGUCUGAGGUGGAAAACGUCGACGCGCCAGAAAUAAAGACGGAAGGGCCGAAACAAAGCAAGACUGAAGGGCCGCAACGAAAAAAGGCGAAAAAAGGCAGCCCAAACAAGAAGUCAAAAUCCAAUUCGGAGUCUUUGGAAUCUGGGUAUAAUGCCAUCAAGGAGGGACUUAUGUUCUUGGGAACCUCCAUGGUGCAGCAGCCUCCGGCACAGACUGCACAACGUGCCACGUUGGAUUACGUUCUGGAUGCGAUCAAGGCGCAGUCGGACACAAUGGCUCAGCUUGUCGCCAUCAUGGUUGCCCACACAAAGAAGCAGCAAUAA